AGCCACGGAGCACUCAGCCCAGGCCCGCCCCCCGCGCGGCCCCCCCACAGAGCCCAGAGGUAAUUAUCGCGAGCUCCUCCGUGCGCUGGCCGGCCAUGUCCGGCUACUACAGCGGGAUGCGGAAGUUUGCCCUCGGGGGCAAGGGCUGGACGAUCGUGCUCGGCACCACGGCGUCCCUGUCCUACAUCCGCGCGCGGGACCGGUGGCAGCACGAGGACAACUCGCAGCCGCACCAACAUUUGGAGAACGAGAGAGGUGACGCUGUGCGCUUCAAGGACCAGCCGCAGCUGCCCCAGCACGAGGACAUCGUGCUGCGGGUUUGGCGACAGCUCCCCGCGGUGCCGCUGCCCAACCUUUACGUCGCAGGCGGGCUGCUCAGCGCGCUGUGGGCAUACCGGAUGUGGGGUGCGUUCAGCAGGCUGAUGGUCGUCAGGUACUCCGACAUCGGCUACCAGCUGCGCAGACCAGACGUCCUCGCACACAAGG